AUGGGCCCCCGUACCGACUCCUCAUGCUGCUGCCAGGCCCGUAAUCUGUCAUGGGCCCCUGUACCGCCCUCCUCAUGCUGCUGCCAGGCCCGUAAUCUGCCAUGGGCCCCCGUACCGACUCCUCAUGCUGCUGCCAGGCUCGUAAUCUGUCAUGGGCCCUGUACCGCCUCCUCAUGCUGCUGCCAGGUCCAGAGUGUGUCAUGGGUCCCUGUACGGCCUCCCAUUGCUGCUGUCUCCAUCGCCACACUCUGCCAUGUGCCACUUUCAGGUCUCCUCACACUGCUGGUGGGUUCCAUUUUGUCAUAGGGUGCUGGCAGAUUACGGGCCUCCCAUUGCUGCUGCCAGGCCCGUAAUCUGCCAUGGGCCCCCGUACCGACUCCUCAUGCUGCUGCCA